UGCCUCACGUAUCAUCUCAUCUCCGUUGCUUGCUUUUUGUGCGGGCCAAUGGGUAUUCACGGAGCAGACGUCAUACAAGCCCUUAGCCUCGGAUACCUACCGUCACCUUCUUCCCCACAACCCGUCCCUUCCACGUCGACGUCCAACACUAAACACGCGACAUAGAGUGGAGUCGAGAUCGAUUCCGAAUCUACUGACUCUAGAGAUAAUCUCCGUCCCGCCGUAGCCCAACAUCGCACUACCAUCAUCUUCUCCGAUCAGCGGCACGUUUUCUACGGUUGGGAAUGCCAGAAGCCUUGACUUUCAAGGGCCACGACCAGUCCCUCGUCGCCGCCCAAGUAUCAAAGACCGCCGAAAAUGCUGCUGCUACGGUAACGUCGACGACGCGGGGGCCUUCCUCGCGCAACGACAAGAUUCAUAAACAGUCCCUCGACUACAUGCUGCGCAGUGGACUCGCCGGAGGUGCCGCCGGAUGCGCCGCAAAAACCCUCAUCGCGCCGCUAGACCGUGUCAAGAUCCUCUUCCAAGCCUCGAACCCGAAAUUCCUCAAGUACUCAGGCAGCUGGUCGGGGGUCUUCCACGCGGUACAAGAGAUCCGACGGCACGACGGGCUGCUCGGGCUGUUCCGCGGGCACUCGGCAACACUGCUACGGAUCUUCCCAUACGCGGCGAUCAAGUUCGUAGCGUACGAGCAGAUCCGCAGUGUUCUGAUCCGCAACCCGCAGCAGGAGAAGUCGUGGCGGCGGUUCGCGUCGGGGUCGCUCGCGGGCGUCACAUCGGUGUUCUUCACCUACCCGCUGGAAGUCGUGCGUGUGCGCUCCGCCUUCGACACAAGGAAGGAGAGGGUCGGGUUGCGCGCGCUGUGCAGGAAUAUCUACCGCGAAAAACAUGCGUCGUACCCGGUCCUCCGGGGGUUCAGUAACUUUUACCGCGGGUUCUCGCCGACAAUGCUCGGCAUGCUGCCGUACGCAGGCGUUUCCUUCCUGACGCACGAUAUUGCUGGCGACUGGCUGCGCUCUCUGCCGGUGGCAAGACACUCCCCGCCGUAUGUAACUCCCGGCGGCAAGGCGAAGAAGCCGGUGCUCAAAGCGUGGGCGGAGUUGGCGGCUGGUGGGUUCGCGGGCAUGGCGGGACAGACGGCGAGUUAUCCGUUGGAGGUAAUACGGAGGCGGAUGCAGGUUGGUGGUGCCAUGGGCGAUGCGAGGUUCCCCAGUAUUGCGGAGACGGCGGUGAAGAUUUUUAGGGAGAGGGGGAUCAGAGGGUUCUUUGUUGGACUGUCGAUCGGCUACGUUAAAGUCAUUCCCAUGGUUGCAACCAGCUUCUUCGUCUACGAACGGUGCAAGCUGUACCUUGGGAUCUAGGCAGAACGCCACACGCCACAUGACACAUGCCUCCCUUGUUGUUGUACCUAUUGUUUUUAUGUUCUCGGCAUUGUAUGGGGAUUUCUUUUCACGUUUUGCGUUUGUUUGUUCUUUCCACAUGUUCUUUCCACAUGUUUUUUGUCUUUCUUUUCGUAUAUGAAAGAUGUUGGGAUAUCCUUUUUGGGGGGU